AUGGUGGCCAACAUCGUGAUCGGCCUCAGCGCCGCAGCUUUGAUAUAUCUCCUGUACACGUACAUCUUGUAUCCCGCCUUCUUCUCGCCUCUCGCGCGCCUCCCCACCCCGCACUGGUCGUGCGCCGUGUCCGACUUCUGGAUUCUCCGCGCGAGGAAGAAAGGUGCCGAGAACAGGGCUUUGUACGAUGCCCACUUCCGCCAUGGUCAGGUCGUCCGUGUGGCGCCGAACACGGUCAGCGUGGAUGGCGUGGAAGCCAUGCGGACCGUCUAUCAAGGCGGGUACGAGAAGGCGCCAUGGUACGGCCGGUUCAACAAUUAUGGCGUGCCUUGCAUGUUCUCGACGCUCGGCUCCAAGGAACACUCCCGAAGGAAGCGCAUGAUUUCCAAUGUCUACUCCAAGUCUUACAUCCAGGCUUCCCAACCCGCCAAGGCUCAGAGUCGCGUAAUCCUCCUCGGCCGGCUUCUUCCACUUCUAAGGCGAGAGGCCGCAAGCGCAACCUCGCGCGGCACCGAGGUGCAAUCCAUUUUCAUGGCCACGACCAUGGACCUCAUAUCCGCUUACAUAUUUGGCAUCCAAAACAGUACCAACUUUCUCGAGGACAAGGCCUACAGGGACCACUGGCUACGACUGUACCUCUCGAGACAUCACCACCAUUUCUGGCCUCAGGAGAUGCCUACCUUGACGUCCCUGUGCGCCAAAUUCGGGAUUCGGCUGUAUCCCUCGUUUGUGGACAGCGCGAACGCAGAGCUCAGAGACUGGAACAAGGAACUAUGUGACAAGACGCGCGAGUUCAUCUCUGCAACUCCCGCGGCAACGUUGCCGGAGGAUGAACCCGUGGUCUUCAAGGCCAUUCACGCGGGGAUUGACAAGGAAGAGAGAACAGAGGGCGACGCCUCGCUCCUUUUUGAUACGACAAUUUGCCAGCGCGAUUCGUCCGUCGCCUGCGAGAUCUUGGACCAAGUCCUUGCCGGCCAUGAAACCGCAGGAAUUGUGCUUACCUGCCUUGCCUGGAGGAUGUCUCAGAACCAGGACCUGCAGGGCCAGCUCAGAGAAGAGAUUCUGGCUCUCGAGCCCUCGUUGGCGGCGGGUACAGGGGCGGCGUGUCUCCCAGAUGCCAGAGCUUUGGACAACCUGCCCAUCUUGCAUGCGGUCAUUAUGGAAACUCUUCGACUGCAUGCCCCUAUUCCAGGUCCGCAGCCGCGCGAGACACCGUACCCUUCGUGCACCAUCGGCGGCUACGAGCUCCCCGGAGGCGUGCGCAUCGCCGCCCUCGCGCAUACACUGCACCUCGACGAGAGGGUCUAUCCCGACCCGAAGCGAUGGGACCACACGCGAUGGCUGACCGACUCUUCAACGGCGGAGCAUCACAGAGCCAUGAACAGGCAGUUUUGGGCCUUUGGAAGCGGAGGACGGAUGUGCAUUGGCUCCAACUUUGCAUGGAACGAGAUGAAGUUCAUUGCCGCAGUCAUAUAUGCCAACUUCACAACGGCGGUAGUCAACGAUAGCGGCGUGGAGCAGACGGACGGAUAUUCGGCCAGGCCGGUUGGAAACCAAUUGUUUUUGAAGUUCAACCCCCUGUGA